AUGGCGCAACCUUGGGAAUUACCGUUGAACCCUUUACCCCCAGGCACCGAAUUGCCCAAGCCAAACCUCCUACCGGCGACAACCAAGCGCCGCCGGGACGAGUUUGACGGUGGUGAAACCGAGGGUUCCGCUGCAAAACGGCAAGCUAAAGCAGAUGUUAUAUUCAGGAUCGUGGUCCCGUCGGGACAGAUCGGGAAAGUAAUCGGCAAACAAGGCCAUCGUAUCCAGAAGAUUCGAGAAGAUACGAAAGCCACAAUCAAAAUAGCCGACGCCGUCGCCAGACAUGAAGAGCGCGUGAUAAUUAUAAGCUCGAAGGAGAGUGAGAAUGGGGUAACUGCCGCGGAAAAUGCAUUGCAGCGAAUAGCAGAGUUGAUUUUGAAAGAAGAUGAUGGAGGUAGUGGCGGUGGCGCUGUGGAGGUAGGGAAAGCUGUUAAUGCAGGGCAUGUGGCUGCAAAUACGAUAAGACUAUUGAUAGCUGGGUCGCAAGCGGGUUCUUUGAUAGGAAUGUCUGGUCAAAAUAUAGUGAAAUUGAGGAACUCGUCGGGUGCAAUGAUCACAGUUCUUGCGCCAAAUCAGUUGCCUCUCUGUGCUUCUGCUUAUGAAUCUGAUCGUGUUGUACAGUUAUCAGGAGAUGUACCUGUAGUGCUAAAGGCUCUGGAGGAGAUUGGUUGUCAACUCAGGGGAAACCCUCCUAAACAAGUGAUUUCUAUCAGUCCAACGUACAACUAUAGCGUAGUUCCGUUUCAACAAUAUGCGCCCCAAACUGCAGCUGAUUAUGUAACCAUGGAGAUGAUGGUACCAGAGACGAUGAUGGGUGGCUUGAUAGGCAGAAGUGGUUCCAAUAUCUCAAGGAUCAGAGUGGAGUCUGGAGCUGUGAUCAAGGUUCAUGGUGGUAAAGGUGCACAAAAACAUAGGCAUAUACAACUAGCUGGCAGUUCUCAGCAGGUGGCGUUAGCAAAACAGAGGGUAGAUGAAUACAUAUUUUCUCAGUUAGUUCAACAAGCCGGUACUCAACAAGAUGAUGAAGCUGGAAGGUAA